AAAUUGGUCUGUUGACACUACAAUACAGGUAUUUAACAAAUGCCUAGUCAUUGGUGAACAAGUUGUUGUGACAGGUUACCAUAGCAACAUAGUUUACAAUCAGUCUCUUGAUCUGUUACAUGUAAUGUAUGUUAAAAGGCUUGGUUUAUGGAGGGAAAUGUGAAUUUUACCUUUCACCAGGGUCCAGCCUUUUGGAACCACACAAACAGAGAAGAAAAAAAACAGUAACACACAUUCUAAACAUCUAGUUCCAGGGUUGGGGGAGUCCCUUAUAAUAAGGACGGGGAUGCUCAUUUGUUGUUUACAAUUGGUACCUCUUAGGGGUGACAAAAAUUUCAAGCCACAUCCACAAAAUAGGACCUUGGUACCUCUUAGGGGUUCCUUUCAAAGUUUCCGACGAGUACCCCUAUCCUUUUUAUAUGGAAAUUCCUCCGGGCAGCGGGUGCGUUGUGUUUUGUUUUCUCCUGCGUCCUGUUGAAGCUAUGUCUGCGAACAGGAGGGUCAGCUGCUGCUUCCGGAAGAGUUAGUACUUUCAUUUAAUAUGGCGGAUGCGGGAGGAACACAGCAGACGAUAUAUUUUCUCGGGAAUGGUUCCAGGAAUUGGGUCGUACAAAAACAACAAGACGACCUCUAAUGGUUUUUUUUGUUAGCAUUAAGAAUGGACGCAGAACAUAUAUGUGAGGAGAGAACCAAAUCUUGAUUGUUUUUACGAUGAUCGAAGUGAAGGCGCGCUUGCUUCGUGGUUCUGUCUUCUUCGCUGGCGAAUGUAUCGAGUGUGAAAUUAUUUUUACUAACGUCGCAGAUGGCAGGAAAGAGACUUGUAGUCAGCCCUGUAAUCACACUAACAGUGACAGUUCGAAUCAGAGCCAUGAACUGGAUAGGCUCGCCUGGGCCAGCGCGCAAAUACACUGUCAAUGUACUGUAAAAGAACCACGCGUGAAAAUCUGGUCAUCGAAUUCGAGAAUGGAUCGAACACAGAAUCAAAUUUCGACAGGCUCAAAUGCUUCUUGUACAAGCUUCGUUCCGUCAAGAGGUGAGGAAGGCCGCUGUUUGCUUUCUACACAGCCGAAGAUACUGUUUUGUGAUUUGGAGCUUGCUCCGGGUGAAUCUAGAACUUAUUUUUAUAGUGACACAAUCCCAUUUGAUGGAGUCCCAUCAUACAAAGGACAUGCGGUGAAAUAUUCCUACAAAAUCACUGUUGGCACCAGUAGAGUUCAAGGACAAUCCAAGCUUCUGAGAUUACCCAUUAGAGUACUAGUUUUACAAGGACUUGGAGGAAUUGAACAUUUUUUAAACAAGCAAGAAAAAAAAUCACAUAAUCCAUUUUUAGAAGACUCCACUCCAAAGACUUCUCUGUUGGAUUUAGCAGUGGAUGUUUUAACAACAAUCACAUCUAGAAGAAAUUCUUAUGUAUAUAAUAUUGUAAGCAACAGAGGAUCUGUGGGAAGAUUUUGUCUCUUCAAGUCAGCUUACAGGAUUGGUGAAGAAAUUGUAGGAUCUUUUGACUUUUCUGAUUCCCUUAUUAUUUGUCUCAAGUUUUCCGCUGUCCUACAAAGUGAAGAACAUAUUCCUGAAGAUUUGCGCAGUCCUUCUAAGCAGUCUGUGGAAGUGACAUACUCAUCAUUUACUUCUGUUCAAGAAAACUGUUUGCAUACCAAGAAGACUCAUAUGGUUUUACCAAUACCUUUUACUGCAUGUCCAGAAUUUGUUUCUGAUUUAGUUUGCUUAAAAUGGAGACUACAUUUUGAAUUUACACUGGCGUCAUCACCAUUACCAGCAGGAGCUAGCCCAGUUCAAUUAACAUCUCCUUAUACAGACAUUGCCACUUGGCAGGGCCCCCCUGAUGUAGAUGCAGAAACCAUGACAUGGGACCUGCCAGUCAAAAUUAUUGCUACUAAUCCGCUGCAUGCCUCAUCGAUUUCAAUGCACAGGACAAGUAGUACAAUGGUUUUCUAAUACAUAAAUGACUAAUAGUAAUUGAAUGGGUGAAUCUAAUGUUAAUUCUGAGGAAAAUGACAAUAUCAACUAUUGCUAACAUCACCUUGGAUGUUAUCAUUCCAACCUCGAUCUUCUACAGCUCACUUUGAAAAGGAGUAAUGACGUGGGCCAAGACUAUGAUCCACUGAAUAAUGAUUAUUCUUACACUGCAUCAAAGAAUGAGGUAUCCAGGAAUUAAAAAAAUGGGUUUCCUGUGCUCAGACUAUUUUGUAGGCAUUAGUGAAAUUUUACAGUUUUCUUCAGGUUAGGUAUCCUGUGAUACUCAGGCACCUUUCUGCACAGGAUAUCUGGUUAUAAGCUUGGCCAGGCUUAAUAGGAGCUACAUCCCCUCAGUAUGGGUCUCUUUUUUAUACAAGAUGGAUGUUUUUCUUUUAUA